UUUCCCUGUUUUUUUUUAUUUCAUAAUUUUUGGUUUUAGUUAUUAUAGUAUAUUAUUAUAUAUUUAGUAUUUACCAAUUUUUUCAAAUUAAUGGUAAUUAAUAAUCCUUGGGUUCACUUGUAAACGAUCACGGAAUUUCGGGUUUAAUUAAAUUAUUGUUAAUAACCACACUAUGUUAUACCGUCAGUGGUAUCACUAAAUAUACCAUAUUUCCGUCCACUAGCACAAACUUCUGCAGCGGUGACAGCGAUGAAGACGUUACCGUGGUAACCAAAAUCUGAACGAUUGGACCACGAGAGCGGCGACGGCGCUGGUGGCGGCGUACACUAUUUGGUACAAGUCCCCAGUACCGAACGAAUACACCGGCUCGAAACAACCGCCUGCCGAAGUUAAAGUUUAUUCCACCGUGUAAAGUGCGUUCAGUAAUACAACGUAAUUUUCAAACGUAGGUCUAUCCGCGUAAAAAGGACGUUGUGUCAAAAACAGAAUGUGCAUAUUUUUAGGUAAUUUAUGUUUUUAAUUUGUCAAACUAUUUUGGACUAAGAGAAAAAAAAAAGAAAGAAAAUAAUGUCCGCAUUCGCCAACGACACGACCGUUACCGUUGUGGAAGAGGUUGACGGCCGAUUAUGUGUACUCGCCCACAGACAAUACUCACCCCUUCGAAAUCAUUAACGCCGAAACGAUUCAGAACAUGUGGUAAGUAGGAGGCGGGACAACUACAACGCCAUGCCAAUGGAGACGAAACGACGGAUAAAACCUUCCUGCGCCGGGAUCCUUUACUAUUGUUCACGAUCUAACGAUGCGUGACGACCAAGGUCACAGUUGACAUGGAUGGUGAGAACAGGAUCAUACUAAACGUCGGUGGUAUCCGUUACGAGACCUACAAAGCCACACUGAAGAAAAUACCAGCUACGAGGCUUAGCAGACUCACCGAAGCUUUAGCCAAUUACGAUCCUGUGCUCAACGAGUAUUUUUUUGAUAGGCAUCCAGGCGUGUUUGCCCAAGUACUCAAUUACUAUAGGACGGGCAAACUACAUUACCCGACAAACGUUUGUGGACCGCUUUUCGAGGACGAGCUGGAGUUUUGGGGACUGGACUCGAAUCAGGUAGAGCCCUGUUGCUGGUCCACUUACAGCAUUCACAGAGACACACAGGCGACCCUCGCCAUUCUCGACAAGCUGGAUAUCGACUCCGAGAAACCAAACGAGGAGGAAGUUGCCAGAAUGUUUGGUUACGAGGAAGAAUACUUGGCUGGAACACUGAACCUUUGGCAGAGGACCAAGCCAAAACUAUGGGCGCUCUUCAACGAACCGCAUUCGUCGUUAUCGGCCAAGGUAAGUGUGGUGGUCGCUGUCAUAUCGGUGUUUUUUAUAUGUGUGUCCGUACUGUCGUUUGCACUGAAAACUCAUCCUGACUUACGAGUGGCCACAUUGAGGAACGUGACCGUGCCCAAGGAUCGGCCACCCGCCCCGGGCGAGGACCCUCCAAUGGAAUGGGUACUCAGCAAGGAUCGGACCGAUCCUCAUGAGGCUUUUUUCUACGUAGAGCUUGUUUGUAACGUUUGGUUCACAUUCGAACUCCUAGCUAGAUCUAUCGUAACCCCUAACCUCGUGCACUUUGCCAAGUCUCCUGUUAACAUCAUCGACUUUGUGGCUACGCUCAGCUUCUACACGGACACCAUGCUGCAGAGCACUCUGGCCCACCGUUUCGACAACACCGAAAUUCUAGAAUUUUUUUCGAUCAUUCGCAUACUGAGGUUGUUCAAGCUUACCAGACACUCGCCCGGGCUGAAAAUACUCAUACACACAUUCAAGGCGUCCGCAAAGGAGCUCACACUGCUCGUGUUCUUCUUGGUGUUGGGAAUCGUCGUUUUCGCAAGCUUGGUGUACUACGCCGAACGAUUGCAGGCCAAUCCGCAGAACGACUUCAAGAGCAUACCGGAAGGAUUGUGGUGGGCGAUCGUUACCAUGACCACGGUCGGAUACGGCGACAUGGCCCCCAAGACGUACAUGGGCAUGUUUGUCGGUGCUCUGUGUGCGUUGGCCGGCGUGCUGACCAUCGCACUCCCCGUUCCUGUCAUCGUGUCGAACUUCUCCAUGUUUUACUCACAUACACAGGCCCGUUCAAAGUUACCAAAAAAAAGGAGAAGAGUGCUUCCUGUGGAGCAGCCUCGACCAAAACGUUGUGACGCCGUCUGUGCGGGUGUCAUGGGUGCUGCUGGGCUGAUAGGAAAUCGUAGAAUGGUAACCGCUCCUACCCCCGGAGCGAUACUCAAAGAUACUUUCGUAACUCCAAAAUUAGGCAACAUUAACGGGAUGAACGUGCUGAGCCUCGCGUUCCAAGCACCACAAAUACCUGGCAUGUCUGCACCGUCUUUUUUGCCGUACAAUUCACCCCCGAGACACUCGCAGGGACCGCAAGACUCAUUUCCCGGAGGCGUACUUAACGGCCGUGGAGGAAUUGUGGCCCCGGCACCACUCCAACCCAGGGCGGCGACGAUUGAAUCCGUGUUCCUUCCGUUACAGCCAAGUCUGUUGGUGUCCUUGGGAGAGGACUCCAGGCCUCAGGACAUUGUAAUGCAGAGGACGUCUUCGUUGCCAAACUCAUCCGGAAACGAUUCGGUCAACCCGUCGUCCUCAUGAACAUUUUGCUCACGUUAGAUUGUUUUUUAUUUUUAGAUUCGUUUGCAAUGUUUGCAUUGGCCCAACGCCAUCUAGUGUCGGAAUGACGGCGGUGAUCGGCACCGGAAAACCGAAUUCGUUCGCAACACAGAUAGCGGAUACUCAUUGACUAACGCUAUAAUGUUAUUAUUACACUUCUGUUCCAAACAGGCUAAAUAUUUUUCGUACAUCUAACUUAAUUCUAAAAAUAAUAUUUAUAUUGAAUGAACAGGCGAAGCCCGAGGUAAAUAUAGUCCAUCGUUACUUUUAGAUGCAUCGAAGUGUGUCAAUCCAACUUUCGAUGGUCGUAGAAUGUGCGAAGUAUUUUUUUGUGUACGGUAACAAAUAGGUAGACCUAAUCAUAUUUUCUGAAUGACCACCACGGGACAAAAAUUAAUUAUGCAUGACGCAUGUUAAUCAUGAUUCUAAGUCUUUGAAAUUAAAUAAAAACAAUACACGUGUGUAAUUUAAUUUUAGUUCAUAAAUCAAUCGCACGUGCCAAAUAUUAUUUAAAAAACGUAUUGUACAAAUAUUUUUCUUCCUGUUAUAUUUUACGAAAAACCCAUCACCGUGGUCCACUUUAUGAAAUUUGUUCAAUCUAUAAUAUAAUUUAUUAAUAACAUUAUAAUAAUAUAAUAUAUUGUACGUUACCACGCUUAAAUAUUGUAUAACAAUGUCCAACACUACGUUCAUUUAUCCCUUUUAUAAAUAUUAUGUGUUUAAUACAUUUUCAUUAUUCUGUGAUAUUUUGUUAUAUACAUAUUAUUAUGUGUCUUUUUUUUUUAAUUUUUAUUUUGAUAAUAAUUUAGUCUUAACUAUAUAAUAUUAUAAAAAAAUAAAUGAAAAUUGUGUAUUUUCGAUGUCAAAGUAAAUCUGUUUGGAACCCACUAAUACCGAAUGACUGAUAAUUAUAUUAUAUAUUAUAUAUAUUAUACAUAUUGAGUCUUGCAAGAGAUAAAAGAGUAUACGGGGUCAUAGAUGAAUAGGAAAUUUACGAAUAUAUUAAAAUAUUACCGUAAUAAUAAUUUAUGUUGUCAAUAUGCAUUUGUAAAUUCGUUGCACUGUUGUUUUUAAUUUAAAAUAAAAUAUAUACCAAUCGCGAUCUUCAAUAAUAAUUAUGUAAUUAUUGUGAUUAUAUUUGGUUUUUUAUUUUAGUUUUUUCCGAAUAUUUUUACACUGAAACAAAAUAUACUGUUUGGAUAUCAAUCAAUUACUGCUUAAGGCAACAAAAAAAAGGAAGACUUAUUUUAUUACAAAUAGUCUUAUGUGUUCUAUUAUUUUCUCUCUUUAUAAUGUAUACUCUCGUUUAGAUAGAAUACCUAUACUUAGGUUUAAUUAACUAGUGUUGAAUUCGAUUUGUUGUUUCUUAAUUUGAAUAUUAUAUAAAUGUAAAUAAAAUUUCAUAAUACAUAAUGAUUUUUGGUUUUAUACAAAUUUAAAUAGAAGAACAGUCACAUAUUACAUCGAGUGUAAAAUAAUUUAUUUAAGUGUCAGUCACUCUGAUAAUAUAGUAUGUUGCUAAUGUCGACGAUGCUUUAUAAAUUAUAAAGAUUACACUAACUAUGUAAAAAUAUCUAAAUAUAUUUUUGUACAUCAACAAAUGAAAGACUUGUAAGUUGUAAGUAAUACUAUUUUCUGAACAACGGUGCUUCUCU